AUGGCUCGAUCUCCAGGCAUGGAUGACACCCGUCGACGCCAGCUUCAUAGCUGCGACCCCUGCCGUAAAGGCAAGCGGCGCUGCGAUGCACCGAAGAACCGAAAAGACACUGGCUUCCUUCUCUGUUCUAACUGCAAGCGAUGGAACAAAGAGUGCACCUUCAACUGGCUGUCCUCAAAACGCGAUGACUCCACAGGAGCUCGGCGGAGAGCAAAAGCCAAACGCCAAGAAAAUUCUCAGGUCGACGAACUUGCUUCAUCUAUGAUCUCGCAUGUCCCUGCUCCAAACGAAGUUUCUCUUGCCCCUCAAUGGCAUCCCGCCAUUUCCGAUGACAUCCUGGCUUCUAGCCAUGCCGCAAACACUGCUAGUGGUUUCUCAUUCCCUUCUCAUCCGGAAGUGUUUAUCGGAGGAUCAGAGGGGACAGGGUCAAGCGUUGAUCAGUUUGACUUUCUUUCUUGGAGCAUGGAUAAUCCAAUUGAUUGGCAAAUCAGCGCUACAAGCCAGGAAUCCGAAAAAGUUUUCCGGCGUCUGGAAUCCCAAGCAGUCUUUCACAACACCAAUUAUUUUCAUAGUCCCCCCGAAACAACCGAACAGUCUGAAAACGAGUUCACACCCUUCUCGCAUAAACCCAAGGCCUCAGGGCUCAACCAUCUGGGACUCAACUACCCAUCAACACCUACCUCUGUUCAACGAUCUAGCCCCAAUUCUACGUCCAAUUUUUGCAUUGCUUCGGAAAAUGCAGCGAACCAAUAUGCCCGCUCAACAAUGACGCGAAACCUGAUACGAAUAUACCAUGACAGUAUGGAAAACGCAUUGUCAUGCUGGCUGACGGAGCACAACUGUCCUUACAGUGACUCAACGAUCAGCUCCAUGAUACCACUACGUGAGAGAAAGGAAUGGGGUCCCAAUUGGUCAAACAGAAUGUGCAUCCGGGUAUGCCAGUUGGAUCGUGCCGCUUCGUCGAUAAGAGGGCGAGUACUAAGCGUGGAGGAAGAUAGAACCGCCGCUCGAGUGCUCCAUCUCGCCAUUAUUGCGUUUGCCUCGCAGUGGACUCAACACGCACAGAAAGGCACAGGAUUGUCCGUUCCAGAGCCAAUUUCUCGUGACGAGAGAUCUAUUCGAGAGUAUGUCUGGAAUGAAGCACGCCAUGGCCUAGAGCGUUCAACUAGGAUACCAUCCUUCCGCAUCAUCUUCGCAAAUAUCAUCUUCUCUUUGACACAAAGCCCGCUUGACAAUAAUCAAGACAAAGGUCUUGGUCAACUUUUGGAAAAUGACGGCGCUCCGAUAUUCUUGGAAACUGCCAAUCGCCAGCUAUUCACAUUCCGCCACAAAUAUGUUCGACUUAUUCGAGAGUCGCCUCCGAAAUUGAAAGAAUCUCGAAGAGGAUCGAUAGGGUCAGAAUUUACCCCCGAAUCAGACACAUUGAAUACGUCGGCGUCUUCGGCCGCGGACCCGAUUAUCGCCAGUCAGGAGCACCGCAGCACAUUAAGCCUUCUCUUUUGGCUUGGCGUCAUGUUCGAUACCCUGAGUGCAGCGAUGUACCAACGCCCAUUGGUGGUAUCGGAUGAAGAUAGCCAAAUUGCAUCGGCCUCUCCUGAAGUCCCCGACUCGGAAGACCAGCUUCAGUUCAGCAUUGAGAAGACACCCUGCAGGAAACAAGACGUCUGGGGGGAGUUUUUCCUCCAUCCCGCUCCGCAUCAAGAUCUGAGUCGAGUGCAAUUAAGGUGGCCAUGCUCCUACGAAAAGGCAGCAUCCGUACUCUCAGAAGCAACACCCGUCAAAGUUCUGCUUUAUCGCCGAGUCACACAGCUACAAACCUUGGUGUAUAGAGGAGCCAGUCGUGAGCGUCUAGAGGAGGUUAUACAGAAGACUCUCCUUGUUUACCAACACUGGAACUAUACCUACCAGCGAUUCAUGCUGGAUUGCGUCGAGAACCACGAGCUACUGCCUUCCCGCAUCCAGUCUUGGUAUGUCAUUCUUGACGGCCAUUGGCAUCUUGCUACGAUGCUUUUGGCCGACACUCUAGAAGGCAUUGACAAAGGAAGUCUCGGCUCGGAGAGUGAGCGUGAAGCUCGAAAAGCUACGGAAUUCGUUUCAAUGCUGAGAAUAGAACAUGCGUUUGCGGUGGGCUCACUUGCUCGUGCCUCGCUGCAUGGGCAAAAUCCAUCUAUGUAUCAGAAUUUUCACGAUUCGCUCAACGAGGUUGCGUUCUUGGUUGAGCCGUGGACUGUUGUUUUGAUCCAUUCGUUCGCUAAGGCGGCAUAUAUCUCUUACGAAAGAAUGGAUAUGUCAGACGAGCACAGUAUGUUAGCCGAUUCUUUCCGACAGAAUUGCGAGUUUUGUAUUUGCGCAUUGCAGUACCUUGGAAGGAAGUCCGAUAUGGCAUUCAUGAUAGCUCGAAAUUUGUCGAGAUCUUUGAGCAUGAAGCUCACUCGGAUGUUAUGA